AUGGAUGCAGUGAAUUCCAUGAAUUGGGCUGCAAGGCAUGUUCGCAUCUCAGAAGGAACACAAUUGCUGAAGAGCCUUCUGUACGAGCACCAAGACCAGCUAGUACGAGCUGUUGUGAAUGCUCAUGUGAUGGACUUGAUGCAGAACAACAGAUCGAAGAGCAUGUGCCAGCAGUGCUGCAACACAAAGUACUACCGUGGCCUUAGGGGAUCUUUUCCCGAGUUAGACCAGCGCAUCAAGCAGCUUUGUUCAUCAUGGGGUUUGCAUUACAUUGCCUCGUGUCCCGAGAGCAAGAAAUGCUUUCCAGAUCAGAAGAGCACCUUCCUGUACAUCAACCCAGUCUGGGCACCAGAUGCGGCGGAGUGCGAUGGUGUGGAAUCCCGGGGCUAUGUGCACUCGGAGGUGAUCAACGAGCACCCCUCGGAGCUUCCCGACUUCGACCGAAGGAUGUGGGUGGUGGAUCCUUUCUAUGGCUGGCGGACACAGGAUCCGGAGGUCGACUUCGACUUGAGACGAAAGCCUCUCCAUUUGAUGCCCACUUCCGGGUGGACACCGGAGGUCUGCAAGCUGCCCCCGGACGCGACGACGGGCGCGAAGCUCCCGGACGCGCCGCGUCGGUCGGGACGCGAAGCUGUCGGCGACGGGGCGGAAGCAGAUGCUGCGACGGAGGAGCCACCAACUUCAGCCCCUGCCCGCACCUGGAUUCAGUGGCUCACUGGGACUUCUGCCCCGGCGCCUCCCUCCCCUCCGCCGCCCAAACCGCCGCUUCCCAGUGGCCGCCAAAUGAUGCCAAGCAAGCAGGACCCAGUGCCCGAUGAACCGCCGCAGAGGCCUUUGCCCAGUUGGCCAGAGCUGCGUCAGCUUCUUGAACCGGAGAUGAACGCUGCUGGUAUUGCCUGGGAGGAUGUCGAUGAUCAUCUUUGGAAUGAGCUACUGUCGGUGGGAGAGCUGAGGCGUGCGGUUCAGAGACCAAAGGAGUUUCCAGACCGCCUCGCACAACUCUCCGCGCGUGUUUCCAACGAGGACACGGUGAAGAUCGAGGCUCUGUUGUCGCCAUCGAAGCGGAAGAAGGCACAGCCACAGACGCCGCCACAGACGCUGCCGCCGCCGCGAGUUCCGCUGCCACCUCAGGAUUCUGCGCCCACGUCUGCGGUACCUGCCGCGCCUGCACGUUUGCCACCGAAGCAGGUCCCACAGGAGCCUGAGAUCACUGCAGGUGGAGUUGCGGAUCCUCUCGCGAAACCAGUCUGGACGCCACAAGAUGAUUCUGCGCCAGCGCCAGAGGAAGGGAGUUGCGGAGCCAUUGAGGAUCUUGAGCAGAAGCCCAAGAAGAAAAAGAAGGACAAGAGCAAGAAGGGGAAGAAGGAAGAAGACGGCUGCCAUGUCUCUUGAGUUGCAGUGGAACCUUGAAGGCGCAGCAUUUUUGUUGACCUCUGCAACGGCACCGCUGCAACGACGGAGUCGCCCGCGGUGGCAGCGGCGGUGCCGUCGCCGGAUGGCCCCGCACCGUGAAGCGGAAUGGCCAACCUGUCUAGCGGGACAUGUUCGGCUUCAUCAGCCGGGGGGUCAAAGAGGCCGGUUCUGGCGUUCUUUGCGUGGGGUUCCGUGAACCACACGAACCUCGGGGCGGGUCGGCCGCUUGGUUGGAUCUUCGUAUCGACUCAGCUGAUGCCGCGAGGGAAGGAUGUACAAAUGUAUCAGCAGCCUUGUGCUUUGUGGCUAA